AUGGUGUCUCCUCAAGUUACCAACCUGGCCAUCAUCGUGGUGGCCAUGCAGCUGGCCAAGAAGAUCCCUUUUGAGGACCCUGAUGUUCUUCUCGUCGUCCGUGGCAUGUAUAUCUUGUCCAACGUGCUCAUCCUGGGUAUCUAUCUCUACACUCAGUCCAAGAUCAAGAGCAAGAAGGACAUGGCUACGUUGAAGUACGUGGAGCCCGCUCCUCUUGGUAGCAACGAGGAGCCCCGUCCAGUGACCACCACCAACAUGGAGUACGACCAGGGGCAGUUGCGCCAGCUGUUUAAGGGACAACUGAUGGGUGUUGGUAUGAUGUGCGUGAUGCACCUGUACUUCAAGUACACCAACCCUCUCCUGAUUCAGUCGAUCAUUCCUCUCAAGAGCGCUCUGGAAUCGAAUCUGGUCAAGAUCCACGUCUUUGGAAAGCCCGCUACUGGUGACCUCGCACGCCCCUUCAAGGCCUCCAACAGCUUCCUGAACCAAGGUCAGAUCAAGAGUGACAAGGCCUCCGUUGAGAACGCGGAGAAGAACUGGAGGGGUGGUGUUAAGGAAGAGUAA